AUGACGACGAUGGCGACCACCGCGACCACAACCUUUACGCCGUUCAAGACGAGCUCAUCCGAUUCCAACUUGAGCGCGUCUCAAGCGUCUCCCACCACCAGUUCGGUGCAGCAACAGUCGCACCAACAGCAACAGCAACCGCAACCGCAACCGCAACCGGCGCCUCAACCGCCGGCUUCACAGGCCCAGCACCAGCAGCAGCUUCAGCAGGGCGCCGCCGAUACGUUCAGCUCGCACCACGCGUCUUCUGCCGCCUCGUCCUCGUCCGCGUCCACCUCGACCACGACCUCGACCACGACCACAGCCACUGCACACACCGUCGCGACGAAAUCGGCGAAAUCCACACCUCGUUCAUCGACGGCUUCGAACCGUACGCCGUCGUCCAUCUCGUCCGGGUCGUCGUCAUCGGCGAUGAAGAGAAGCGAAUCCGCCAUGUCGUCGGUGUCGACGUCGGCCAAGGAAGAGCGCAAGAGGAAGGACGCGAUCGACAAGGUCUUGCAGCGCGCAGAGAUUGCGAGGGUGAGUUUAAUGUUUCUGCUUCAUAUGUUCAAGUGAAAGAGCGAAUACGGGUCCUGGGCCGGGGCUUGAGUCAUCGGUGCGGGCCCCGCUACGGUGCGCUCUCUGGCGGGACCGGGGUCGUCGAAGGGGGGAGACGAUCAUCGCGGCGCGUUGCAACGCGUGCCGCCCUUGUCGACGCACUGCACCUGUACAGCGCGGUAUGCAUGACGACGUUAUAUAGGAUCUUCGGGACUGACCCAAUGAAUUGCUUUACUUUUUGCGGGGGUGCCCCCAGAUCACUCGGCAUUUCAAGACCCGACUGGCUCUGGCCGCGUUCAAGGCGCAACGAGGAUGGCAGGACGCGACGCUGGACCAGAUCGAACCCCACCUCGAGCAGGAGGCGCAACGGCAUAAGCAGCAACAGCAGUUACAGCAACAGCAGGCCCAGCAGAGCCAGCAACAACAACAGCAGCAGCAGCAGCAGCAGCAGCAACAUAUGAUGGCGCAGCAGCAGUUCCUCGCUCAACAGGAAGCCGCGGCCGCCCAGCAGCAACUCCAGUACCAUCGAUCUCAGCCUCCACAGGGCGGCGCCGCGUUCCAGGCGCAAAAGCCGCCAGCCCAUUAUGCCAAUGGGAAUGGGAUGGACUAUGCCCAGCCGUAUCAACAGCACAUGCCGAUGCAGCAGCCACCGCAACAGGCGUGGGGCCGACCGGGCCCUUUCGACAACGCCGGAAUGGGACCGCCUUCGUUCGCCGGUCACAAGCGAGCGCGCAGCAUCAACAUAUACGACCAACCACAACAAUCAAUAGCCUACUCUGCAAACUUGGGCGCGUACGGCUCGCCGCAACCCAUGGCUUCAACCUCGGCCUUGCAGCCGCCCGUGCAGAUCGGCGCCAAUGGAGGACCGGCGAUGUUUGGCGACGCGAGUCGACCGACGAAGCGACGCGUUCUCGGGCAGGAACACGGUGGAGGUCGACCCUCUUUGCACCACUCUUCGUCCUCGUCGUCCUCAGCUGGAUCGGCGACGGCCCUGGGGGCGAUGGCCGAGCUUCGAAGUCCUCGAUCCCGGCAUUCGGCGACGCGAUCUUCGCUCUCGCGAGGGAACGGCUCGGCCAGCAAGGUCGGGCGACCCGUUUCGUCUUCGGACCCCAAUUUUUCGACUUUUGUCGAUGCAGCUUCGGUGUUGACGGGGUUGUCGAGGGGCCUAUCCGAUCAGAGCGAUAACAGCGACGGGGGCAUGCAAGGCGGCGCGGCAGGCGGUCCUUCUUCUUCCUCGCAGUCGAAUCCGUUCGGUUCGUCAAUCCCACGACCACGGACACCUACUUCUGCGAACGACAAGGGCAAAGGGGUCGCGAUGCAUCACAUGUCGGGAGUGAACGGUUCGGCACCCCCGACGACGGCAGGCGAGUCGAGCGCCGAAGGAGCGGCCGAGUUGAUGCUCUACCUCGCGCAGUCGCCCUCGCCCGUCCAAUCACGCUCCAGCCACGUCGUCAACAAUAUCGGUGGGGAAGGUAUGAUGAAAGGGCGGCGGUUGUUCUCGGGCAGUGGGGAAGAUCAUCCGGCUUCGUCAGCGGCCUUCGGUCACGGGGCGGGGAUGAAUGGAGCCGGGGGUGGUCCGAACGGGACUGGUUUGGGCUCGUACGACGAGGCGUUGCAUCCCGCCAAGGCAUCCCACGUCGCCAGUGCGCCUCCACCGGGUUCACCACCUUCCUCGAUGCUCGGACCCGGUGCCUUUGGCGGAGCGAUCCCUUCGACCCCAGGGCGGGAACGUCAAAUCUCAUCGAGUUGGGACGCGUACAUCAACGUCUCGCCCUCACCCCAACGUGCGCCGAUCGCGAGAUCUUCGGAACACUCGUAUGCGUCGAACGGACCGCCUCCGACGUUCUUAUUGCCGAAUGGGACGCCACCCGGUUCGAACGCGCCGACCUCGACGGCGAGCACGACUGCUGGAGGCAGCGGAGCUGGGGCGGCGGCAGGCUGGUGA